AUGAGCGCAUCGAAUGAAGACGCCAACCCUCUUGUUUGCGACUUUAAGCACCUGUUGCGCAGCGAUGUCGGCCUCGUCGGGGGGAAGAACUCGUCCCUGGGCGAGAUGCUCAGCGCCCUGAGCAGCAAGGGAAUCGCCGUGCCGCCUGGAUUUGCAACGACCUCGCACGCUUACUGGCACUAUGUCGAUGCCAACGGCAUCCGGGACAAGAUCGGCCCGUUGAUCUCGGAGUGGCAAGCCGGGCACGCAAGUCUCGCUGAGACGGGCCAGGCAGUCCGCCGUCUGUUCCUCCGCGGAUCAUGGCCAGCAGAUGCGGCCGAGGCCAUCACCACCGCUUACCAAAAGCUCUCGGCCAAGACAGGCGUCGAGAACCUGCGGGUGGCGGUCCGCUCUAGCGCGACGGCUGAGGACCUGCCUGACGCGAGUUUCGCCGGUCAGCUGGAGUCGUACCUAAACAUCUGGGGCAAGGAUAGGCUCCUGGAUGCCUGCCGCCGCUGCUAUGCCUCGCUGUUUACCGACCGGGCCAUCAGCUACCGCCAGGCCAAGGGGUUCGACCACAUGAGCAUCGCACUGUCCGUCGGCGUGCAAAGGAUGGUUCGCUCGGAUGCCUGGGGUUCCGGCGUCAUGUUCUCCAUCGACACCGAGAGCGGGUUCGACAAAAUCGUGCUCAUCAACGCCGCCUGGGGCCUGGGGGAGAACAUCGUUCAGGGGACCGUCAACCCGGAUGAGUAUCAGGUCUUCAAGCCAUUGCUGGACGACCCAAGCCUGGUCCCCAUCAUCCAGAAGAAGCGCGGCGAAAAGGCCAUGAAGAUGAUCCUCGGCCGAAGUCAUCACCACCACCCCCACGCUCCCACUCGCAACGUACCCACCUCCAAGGCAGAGCGGGCGGCGUUCGUACUCGCUAAUGAUGAGAUACUCCAGCUGGCGCGCUGGGCUUGUGCCAUCGAGAAGCACUACGGGUGCGCCAUGGAUAUGGAAUGGGCCAAGGAUGGCACGACGGGGGAGUUGUUCAUCGUCCAGGCCCGCCCUGAGACGGUGCACUCCCGUCAAGACUCUGCCGUGUUCAAGACCUACACCGUCAAGAACAAGAGUCGCGUUCUCGCCACCGGCCUCUCGAUUGGCGACGCGGCUGUGUCCGGCCAGCUCUGCCUCAUCGAGGACGUCAAGGACAUCGGCAAGUUUGUCGACGGCUCCAUUCUGGUGACCGUCUCCACCGAUCCGGACUGGGUGCCCAUCAUGAAGCGGGCAGCGGCCAUCAUCACGGACCACGGCGGCCGCACGUCCCACGCCGCCAUUGUCAGCCGCGAGCUCGGCGUGCCAGCCGUGGUGGGCACGGGCGACGCCACCUACGUCCUGCACACCGGCCAGGACGUCACCGUCUCCUGCGCCGAAGGCGACGUCGGGUUCGUCUACGCAGGCAUCUCCGACAUAGUCGCCACCACGAUCGACCUCAAGGGCCUGCCCGCUGUGCGCACCAACGUCAUGCUCAACCUUGCCAACCCCUCCGCGGCCUACCGCUGGUGGCGGCUGCCGGCGGACGGCAUCGGCCUCGCGCGCAUGGAAUUCGUCGUCACCAACGCGAUCCGCGUGCACCCCAUGGCGCUGGUGCGCUUCGACCGCCUGCAGGACCAGGCAGCCAAGGCGGAGAUCGCGCGGCUCACCGCGGGCUACGAGCACAAGCCGGACUACUUCGUCGACAAGCUGGCGCACGGGCUGGCCGCGCUGUGCGCGACCGUGUACCCGAAGCCGGCCAUCAUCCGCAUGAGCGACUUCAAGACCAACGAGUACGCGGGCCUGGUCGGCGGCGCCGAGUUCGAGCCGGCCGAGGAGAACCCCAUGCUCGGCUUCCGCGGCGCGUCGCGCUACUACUCGCCCCGCUACGCGGAGGGCUUCGGGCUCGAGUGCCGCGCCAUCAAGCUGCUGCGCGAGGAGAUGGGGUUUGCCAACGCCGUGGUGAUGAUCCCCUUCUGCCGGACGGUGGGGGAGGCGGAGAAGGUGCUGCGCGUCAUGGAGCAGAACGGGUUGAAGAGGGGCGAGAAGGGGCUGAAGGUGUACGUGAUGUGCGAGAUCCCCUCGAAUGUGAUACUGGCGGAGCGGUUUACCGAGCAUUUUGACGGGUUUUCGAUCGGGUCGAACGACCUGACGCAGCUGACCCUCGGGGUGGACCGGGAUUCGGGAGAGUUGGCCGAGCUGUUUGACGAGCAGGACGAGGCCGUGAAGUGGAUGAUCGCCAAGGUGAUCGAGGUGGCGAGGAAGAAGGGGUGCAAGAUUGGGAUUUGCGGACAGGCGCCAAGUGACCAUCCGGAGUUUGCGAAGUUCCUGGUUCAGGCGGGCAUUGAUUCGAUUUCGGUCAGCCCGGACAGUUUUUUGGCGGUCAAGAGGCAUGUGGUGGACAGCGAGAAGGCAUGA